UGUUAUUGGCUACACUGAGUUGUCGAUGGUAAAUGUUUGCUAGAAGAUUUUGGUUUUUAGUUAUUUUGUUCAACUGCUAAUCUGCUCUGUUCUACAACUUUCGUAAAUACAUGCUAUUUAGUUUGGGAAAGUAGUCCUAUACGGAUGAGUGAUAUUAUUGAGUAACCAGUCAGUGUGUUAAUUAGGGGAUAAGUACCAGCCGUAGAAUUGAAACAAGACUGUGCUGUGUUUUUGUUUCUGGUGGAAACAUGGCGUCCGUAGUAAGGUUCAGGAGUGGGUCCCGUCUUAUGAAUUUUAGAAGAGCUGUAGCAUAUCAAAUUGUCAGAAAUCAUUGGAACAAGGACUGGAAACCGGGUCCAUAUCCAGAGACACCCGAAAAGAGAGCUGAAGCCGCAAGAAAAUACAAUUUAUCUCCUGAAGAGUAUGAACCUUAUCCUGAUGAUGGUAUGGGGCAUGGAGACUACCCAAAGCUGCCAGACAUCUCAGCCGAAUCGCGAGACCCAUUUUAUCCGUGGGAUUUUCCAGAACAUAGGCGAAAUUUCGGAGAACCUGUUCAUGUCAACGUGGAUAUGUAUGGAGAAGAUCGCAUUGAUGUAAGCGCAAAACCUAGAUUCUCUCUUUCACAGCAAGCUCUUGCAUUCUUUGGAGUCAUGGCUGGUUCUGCUGUGGUAUAUUAUUGGUUGGAAGAUAAGAAACUGUUUCGACCAGUGUUACCAAAACAAUACCCAAGCCAAGGAGAAGUUCAUUACACUUUUGAACCUGCUACAUAAUUAUAGUAUAUACUUUGUACAUAGUGCAGAUUGGUGUGUUACAAGCUUUCAUGAAUACCUGCUUAAAUAUGUAAUUUUAGGUGCAUAAAACAUUACAGAAAAAAUGUACAGACUUAAUAAAGUUGACAGUGUUAAAAUUAA